UAUUUGACAAUCAGCUGACAAGUAUUCCUGCUGUCCUGCUGACCAUUUCAUAAACAGUUUUACAUCAGUUCUCCAGAGCAAUGUGUACAUGAACCAUCUCACAACCAUGAAGAAAAUACUCUUAGGAGUAUUCCUUGCCUCCUGUUUAUCGUUGAUUAACAGCAGCGAUAUAACAAGUAAAGUAUUCGGCCCGCUUGUGGAUGGAAUGCCCGCUGCUUUUGGUGAUUUCAAUUCCGAUGAACUUACGGACGUGUUCGUCCUGCGUGAAAAUGGCCGUACAAUGGAAAUCCUCCUCGGAUAUGAAGAAGAACCUCUUCUACGCACAUCAUUCAGUCAUCCGUUGAAAUGCUCUUAUGAGGACACAAUCACCAGCGUUGUUCCAGGCGAUUUUGACGGCGAUGCUUUCAUGGACGUACUCGUCACCACCUUAAAUAGUGAGUCUGGAAAAACACUGGUUUACAUCAAUUUUGGUGGUGCAAAUCAUCUAAACUGCACGAGUGAGCACACACUUGAACUGCAAGGCCAACCUUUAGCAAUUGACUAUAAUCAGGACAUGAUUAUUGACUUAUUUGGCUUGGAUUUUGAAGAAAAUCGAAGUUUUUGGAUCUUUAACAACAAACGCGACAAACCACAGAAAAUCGCAAUGACCAAUCAUCCCAAAACUGAAAUUGCCACACCACAUGCACAUGCUUUCCUUGAUUUAAACAAUGAUAACACUGCUGAUUUAUUCAUAACAACUAAAAACAACUUUGAAGUGUGGCUGGGCCAAGAAAAGAAAGAAUUCAUUUAUAACUCAACUAUUCCACAUCCUGAUGGACAAUAUAUUGGACAAUCUUUGUUCCUGGAUGUUGAACUCAGAGGAAGAAUGGAUUUGGUUACACCAGUGUGUCAGGAUUAUGAUUGUAAAGGAUCAGCACUCUUGGUUUACGCUGACAAUAAAUGGCAUGACUUGCAGAUAAAUCUUAAAGACAUGCAUAACAAUAAUUGGAAGUUUUAUAAACAAGGAAGCAAGUAUGUGAACACAGUUACUCUAAGAAGUGGUGAUUUUAAUAUGGAUGGAUAUCCUGAUUUGCUAGCGACGCUGUCGCAAUUAGUUGAUGGCGAACCACAAACUUUCAUGCUGGAGAAUGUUCCAUGCGAGACAGGAUGCGGAAACUUUACAAGAACAUAUCAAGUGCGAUGGAAUGCACUGAGUCCGUUUAAAUCCGGUACAGUAAUGGGUACGUAUUUUGAUUUUUAUCAAGAUGGUAUCCUGGAUGUCAUUUUGGUGCAAAAAAAUGGCAGCGCUUAUAAAGCAGCAGCGUUUAAGAAUAGUCUAGAUUACGAUGCAAAUUUCGUGAAGGUUAUGGUUUUGACCGGAUUGAAUAACGAUAAAAGUAAUCCCAUGAUCAUGGGUAGAGUUGGAAAGAAACGCAGGACUUACGGAACAAAUCUUCCGGGUCCUACGAUUUCUUACAGUACCACAACGCAGGAAGGAAAUACUCGUCAUGCAAUGUCGACUCAAUUACCACAAUCAGCUCAUUUCUCAUUGAAUUUACCAUAUAAUAUCUUUGGAUUGGGUCGUGCGCCCAAUUUUGUUGAGAUUGUUACAGUUGGAUUGUCGAAUCACUCGAGAUUGUGGACGCAGAUUAUUCCCAACUCGCAGAUCGUGAUUGUACCAUGGCCGCCAGCUGAACCCGCAAAAUGGAAGGCGCAGUUAUUUGUUACGCCGAGCAAAUUGAUUCUUAUGUCCGUUGCGGCGCUCACUGGAGUGUGUGGUUUUAUUAUUAUUAUAAUCGGAGCUUUGCAUUGGAAAGAACGGCAGGAUGAUAAGAAGGAGCGGCUUUCCGAAUCGAAUAGAUUCCAUUUUGAUGCAAUGUGAUGUGUGAUACUGAUCCUGAUUUUGAAUAAUGUUAUUUAACUUACUUAUAUUUGUUGUUUUGCACAAUGUAUAAUUAUAUGAAUAGGUACUUGUUUAGUUUUAAUGUGAUUCUAAUUUAAUAAAAGUAACUUUUAAAUAAA